AUGUCUGAAUUAGAAGAGCUCAAAUUAGAUUUAGCUGAAGUCCAAUAAGUGCUUUCAACUCUUAAACGCUAAACCAAUAUCGACCACUUGAACAAUAGAAUCAAAUUUUUAGAAAACUCUAUUAAAAUACUAACACCAUAGAAAGUUGAAUAGCCAUAAUAAUAACAAUAAUAAAAGGAUUAAGACACUCUAAUAUAUCAAGGAAUUACAAAAUAUGCAUGGGAUUAAGAAGGGAAUAAAGUCAAAGUGUUUUUGAAUUUAGAGGGAAUUGGUUAGUUCCCUAAAGAAAAUAUCACAUCCUUCUUUGCUCCAAAUAGUGUAGAUGUCAAAAUUAAAGGCUACAAAGGUCUUAAUCACAGGUGUAGCUUCUUGAAUAAUUUUUAGAUUUUCUAUUAAAAAAACAUAUGAUGAAUUGAAAAAUAAGGAAUGUUCUAUUAAAGUAACAAACAAUUCCAUCAUCGUAAAUUUAAUUAAGAAAGACUCAUAAAAGUGGGAUUAAUUGAAUUAUAAGGGGAAAAUAGUAAAUUAUAAUUAAUAAUUAAUAUUCAGAUCGAUACAGACCCAUCUAAAUUAGAUUAAUAGGACCCAUAAGCGUCUUUAAUGACCAUGAUGAAGGAAAUGUAUUAGAACGGCGAUGAUAAUAUGAAACGAACUAUAGCCUAAGCUUGGUCUAAAUCAUAGGAGGAAUAAGGUAGUAAAUGAC